UUUUCGUCUUCCCUCUCAACUCUGGUUGAUAUCCAAUAGCUGUGGAAUUCGCUUGGACAGCAAACGCCGUGGCCACGCCAACCAAUUUCGACCAAGAUCUGCAACAGGAUAUCCGAACUGCGUCUAGUACACCUAUUACUUCGAUGCCAGCAUCUGCAGGACCGGACUGGCGCGUUGGCAUCAAAUCGGGAGUUGAAGUUUAGCAAAGGCUGCGAUGAACACCUACAGCCUUGAAUUUCAGCAGAUUGUAUAGCGUACCCUCCACUUUCCUCUAUUGUCGGAAUUCCAGCACGCAGCCGUGGGUAUGAAAUUCUUGAUCCCUUGAGUACAAUCUCAACUCCUGAAUUCGCUGUCGAAAUUUCUGCGGCGAAGCGCUGCAGUGCACACAGAAAUUGUUUCCAUGGCUCUCUUCGCUCAAGCAUCGAGUGUUGUAAGUACCUUACCCCCCUUAUCCACUCCGUUUCUACCACCGCUAUACACAUCGCAAGGUUAUAGUGCAAAACCCACGAUGCAGCAGCGGCGGAAUCGAAUUGCUAUCUGUUGUGAAAUGGGGGAUGGCAGCAAUAGCAGCAUGUGGAGUAGUCCUGCGGAUUUUGUGAAAUUCCUGGGGCAGAACUUGUGGGGACGAAAUUUGCCGCCAGGGGCGUUGGUGUCCGUGGUAAAAGAGGUUUGGACGACGGGAUGGCUAACCAUGAUGGCGCAGCUAGCGCCUCCAACUGACAAGAAAGAUUACAGUAGGCCCACCAGUCAAUUUCGGGGACGUCUGCCAUCCCCAUCAUCUGCCAAGCCCGGCCAAUAUCACCUAUACGUUGCAUUAGCGUGUCCUUGGGCUCACAGGACCGCCAUUGUGCACAGUCUGAAAAGAUUGGGUGAUGCAGUGCCGAUUUCGGUUGCCGUGCCUGGCUCCACUGGCUUGUGGGAAUUUGCACCCAAGGUUGGAGUAAAUUCCAAGAGUGGCGUGGUGGCGGAGCGUCUGCGUCCGACAUUGGAUAGAGCAAACGGGCAGAAGCUUGUGAUGGAUGUGUACAAGUCGCAACAAGGGGGUUACAAUGGUCGGUCCACGGUGCCAAUGCUAUGGGAUUCUUUGCAAAAGAGAGUGAUGAAUAACGAGAGCAGCGAUAUCAUUGAAAUUCUGAAUUCCGAUUUCAACCACUUGGCUGAAAACCCAGACCUAGACCUCGCUCCUGCUGACCUCAAAAGCCAAAUCGAAGAAUGGAAUGAAUUCAUUUACCCUAACAUCAACAAUGGUGUGUAUAGAUGCGGAUUUGCACAGUCGCAGGAAGCUUAUGACUCAGCGGUGGAGAGUUUAUUCAAUGCGUUGGACAAGUUGGAAGCGCACUUGGCUGGCUCUAGGUAUCUGUGCCAGGAUACCUUCACCUUGGCCGAUGUCCGUCUCUUCACAACACUAUUUCGGUUCGACGCUGUGUAUCAAAUCCUGUUCAAAUGCUCCAAGCAGAAGCUGAAAGAAUAUCCGAAUUUGGAGGGUUACAUGCGAGAUAUUUAUCAAAUCCCAGGCGUCGCAUCGACUUGUGAUAUGGAUGCAAUCAUGCACGGUUAUUACAAGGUCUUGUUUCCUCUGAAUCCCGGAGGCAUCAGUCCCGCAAUGCCUCGGGUAGCGGACUCUGCGUCUCUUUUAGAACCUCACAAUCGACAGAAGGUUGCCGACCUAGUUGUUGGGCAGUAGUUGUGGUACUUCGACUUGCUCGCAAUGUCUCUCGCGCCACAGUCACCUCAAAAUCAUUGUCUCGCAGCUUCCGAAGUUGCCAGGUUUUCACUUCCAAGCCAUUGUAUGAAUACUACUGUAUAGGGAGGGAUAGAGGGUAUGGAUGAGAUCGAUCAAGAUUGAUGUUUUCAGGAACUCAAAUUCCUUGGCUUUGAGACUCUUCAUUAGUGAUAACCCAUGCAAAAUGUAGGUGUUGGUUGGUAAUCGUAAGAUCCAUUUGCAGUUGAACUUUGUAGCAGUUUCUACAUAAGUUGCACUUAUACCUGCUGAAUGCUUAUGAUGAAAAUGCUCUCUGUCAUGCAAUUUUGCAGAGCAACAUUGAAUGAAUGCGCUACUAACUCCUCUGCAUCAAUUAGUUGUAUUUACUUGGGUGCCCACGGUGAAUAGCCCACUUCUCGGUACCAAGUGACUACUCCGACUGAAUACAAUCAGAAAGCAGCAAAAUCACAGAAAUUUGUCGAGAGCUUGAUAAACAUUUUGCUGCUGAUUCUCUGUGGGUUGAACAGUGAUGGCAAUGUAUGGAACGAACUGGCCUGGGACGACUGGAAAGCUUGAGACAAGCUGUGAAGUAUUUUACGAAAUGGAAGGCGAGUAGAGAUUAGUCUUGUGAAUCAAAUAGUGUGGUACUCAAAAUAAGGUAUGAUAUUUAUACACUAUCACUUUGGAUCGAUUAUUUGUCAAUUCUAUUUUUUGGUCCAUGCAUUUAUCAAAGGCCACAUACAUCUCA